GCCGAGCACGUGACCAGUAAUCACUAGCAACAAGAUGGCGGUGGUUGUGCGGAGUUUGCAAGAUCAGCUCGAAAAAGCCAAAGAAAGCUUGAAAAAUGUGGACGAUAAUAUUCGAAAACUUACGGGCCGAGAUCCAAACGAGUCGAGACCGGGCCAGUUCCGUCGGCUCAGCGGCCCAAUGGCAGGCCUCAGCGGAGGUAGAGGCAGAGGAAUCAACCUGCUCAGGCGCAGUCUCUCGGACAUGGGAACUGGCGGCCCCCCUGCCAAGCAAAGGGACAUCGAAGGAGCCUUGCUGAGGCUGGCAGGAGACCAGAGGGCCAGGAGAGACAUGCGCCACGACAGCGACGAUGACGAUGAUGUCAAAAAGCCAGCGUUGCAGUCCUCUGUUGUAGCUACCUCCAAAGAGAGAACACGCCGAGAUCUUAUUCAAGAUCAAACCAUGGAUGAGAAGGGCAAACAGAGAAAUCGGCGCAUGUUUGGUCUGCUGAUGGGUACGCUGCAAAAAUUUAAGCAGGAGUCCAACGUAUCUUCAGAAAAGCAAAAACGCCGUUCUGAGAUUGAGCAGAAACUGGAAGUUCAGGCUGAAGCUGAGAAGAAGAAAGUAGAGAAUGAAAGGAGAGAGCUGUUUGAGGAGAGAAGAGCCAAGCAGACAGAGCUGAGACUUCUGGAACAAAAAGUGGAAUUAGCUCAGCUGCAAGAGGAGUGGACCAGCCACAACAACAACCUGUUGAAAUUCAUUCGCACAAAGACCAAGCCUCACAUCUUCUACCUUCCUGGAAAAAUGUGCUCCGCAUCACAGAAACUCCUCGAAGAGUCCACCAAGAAACUAAAUGCUGUGUUUGAGGAAAGGCGUGAAGCUUUUGCUGAGCAACUCAACAAGAUGGAGUCACGUCCCCGGCGCCAGAUAAACCGCGACCAGGACACCAACACUGCCGCAAGGAUGGACCAUCCGGCGGAGGGUAAGCCAGCAGGUCAGGCAGCCAAGUUGACAGGUAAAAGGAGUGUCGCAGAGAUGGAGGAGGAGGAAGAUGAGGAUGAGGAAGGUCAGAGGGAAGGAGAUAGAAUUGUGAUAGAAGGGGAUAAUGGGGAGGGAAACAAGGAAAUAUUAGAAAAAGUAGAAGAGGAGGAAGGGAUGGAGUUUAGAGAGGAAGGAAGUGAGAAAAAAGAAGCUGAGGAGGAGAGGAAGAAAGAGGAGAAGCAAGCAAGCCCAAAGUCAGAGGAAAUGGAGGUGGAAAUAGAAGCAGAGAAGGAAGAGGAGAUGAAGGAAGUCAAAACAGAUGGCAGACACGGGUUUGUAGACCUACAAGAGAAACCUGUAGAAACCCAGGCUUCUAAACCGAGGGAAAACCGCCAAGAAGCAGCAGAUCAGCCCCAACCCAGCCUCGCUGUAGAGGGUCCACCAGAGCAGCCCCCUCUGACAGAGAACGCACAUGCAGCCCAAGAAGCCCAGACAUCAUCCACAGCUGAUGUCCAGGACUCUGCCAAUGAGAAUCGGGCAGAGGAGCUCAAAUCAACUGAGGCCCCGCAACCGGUGCCCAAUUCCCAAGAGGCCCCUGUCGUCAGCCCUAAAAAAGAUGAUGGUGAUGGUGACAGGGGGAGGAAGAAGGCCAAGUCAAGUAGACGCCGCAGUAAAAGCUCCUCCUCGUCCUCCUCCGGGUCCUCGUCAGACUCCUCUUCAAGUGGAAGUUCCUCCUCUUCUUCUGGAUCCAGCCGCUCCUCGUCUUCAUCAUCUUCGUCCUCUAACAGCAGUCACAGCCGCGGUAGAGAUGGUGGCAACCACAAGAGGCGGCCAUCAGAGAAAGGUACAGACAAGAAGAGGGAGGAGAGGAAGAGCACCAAGGGAGGAAGGAGUAGUAGAGGAAAGGACUCCAAAGAAUCAAAGGAGAAGAAGAGGAGGAACGAAGAAGGCAGAGGCAGGUCUUCACGGAGCGAAGGGGAACAUAAAGAUAGAGAUGGGAAGGACAAGAGACGCUGAUGUGAUGCGAGGUUCUGAUUUUUAGAAAAAAAUUAACGGUGAAUGGUAAACAGACGUCCAGUGGUCAUCAGUCUUCUGUUUUUAAAACUUGUUUAUUUUUUUUAAAACCAUGGGAGGAUUUCUCGUGGUUGGGCUUCUUCCUGUUGGGUCUAAAUGUCAAAUUAUUAUUUUUUUUUAAUUUCUUUUCCAGCUUUUGAACAUUCAUGUAAUGUGGUUGGACAAAGCAUCCGUCAGCUUGUGUCUGAGCCCUUUUCUAAAGAUUUUAGAGAAACGUCAUAGCAUCUUUGCAUCCAAUAUGUUUGAAUUGCAGCCCAACAUUUGGGAAUGAGAUGUCUUUUGGGGCUUUGGAAAUGUGUUUUACGUGAAUGUUGUGGGAAGAGUGACCAAUCAAAGGUUGUUAAAAUGGUUACGAAAUUGUUAAUCCACUCUGACACUUUGAUCUAUUUCAAGUGUGACUUGUUUGUUUUGAAUUGAUUACGAAUUUUUUUUACUUGUAAUUUGCUUCAAAUUAAAGUUGAGCUGUGAGUGGAAA